AUGAACCCAGAUCAAACUGGCACGACUCCAGCCGAAAUGGAGAACAUCAAGAACUCCUCGGCCAAGUCUUUGCGCUUGGCCAUCGCAAACAAGGAGCGCUUGGGCGUCAAGACCCUCGCGCGUAAGCCAUUCCGUCCCAUCUCAAGGGGCUUUGCUACAUUUUUCGAGUCCUUGAGCUUGACCGUCGCCCUUGGCGAUAAAGAAUCCGUCGACACGACCACUUACCUCGUGGGUGUGUCCGACUUUGCGGUGGUCUCAGAAAUUGAGGCCACCUCUUACAACCCCCCCGUCGCGGGCUCCUAUCCCGCGAUCGAAAGCAUGCUCAAGGCGACUGGCCCCAUCGCCAGCGUCACCGAGACCACUCAGGAGGCUGCGGCCACUGAGACCUUCACCAUUGUGGCCGAGGCUCCCGUCUCAAUUGCCAUUAUUGAGCCUGAGACCGAGACACAGUAUGUAGCCGACACUGCCGUGGUUCUCGAAUGCAACGAAGAUAUCUUCGUUGCCAAGCCUGCGGAGUCCAUCGAGGCUACCCAGGCCACCAUCAUCGACACUCCCGCCUCCGACUCCGAGGCCAACUCUCAAGAAUCUUGCGGUGAAGAGACCGCCACUGUGGCCGAGACUCCUGUUACCGAGCUUGCAGAGCAGGAUGUUCCCGCUACCAUUAUCCACGAUGAGCUCAAGGAGGCUCUGGAGAAUUCCGCCGUCCAGAUUGAUACCACGGCGAAUGAAUCUACCGACACCGAGAGCAGCAUGGUCUCCGACGAUGACAGCUUCGUUGCUGAGAUCGGCUCUGAAUCGGACCAAGAUGACACUAACUCCGACUGCAAGGAAAUUUCCGCAGACUCGAGCAACGACCAAGUCACCAUCGACUUUCCUCUGAUUUUUGAGGAUGACAAUGAUGCUUCUGCUUCCAGCAUCUUCUCCAACGACAGCGACCUCGCUCAGGUCAUGGAGCUUGAUCUUACCUGGAUCCAUCCCCAGGUUGUCGAAAACAAGGGCCAGACAGAUCGGGAACUUAUCAACGGCCGUCUUGACAACACCGGGACGGCUAACUUUAACCACAUCAACCUGCGCCUCGAGAAGGCUGCUCGGAACCUGGCCAUCAACGGCCCCAUUCUUCCAAUCACCUAUUCGCCCAUCGUUGAGACCUCGACCUUUGAAAGGAUUUCCAUCCCAGUCGUCAAUACCGUCACUGAUUCGAACGUUGACCCAGUCACCGACGAUCUUCUUACCACCGUGACACAGACGGUCACUCAGACGGUGACCCAAACUGUAACCAAGACAGUGACUGAGACGCGCCGUCAUUCCCGUCAGAGCUCGAGUAUCAGCUCUGCUUCUAAGUGGUCUUCCGACGCAACCGUCGACACGACUUCACGCCCACACUCCCCCGUCACCGAGUUCACGGGCACCCCGAUCAAGAAGGCUGAAAACAAGCCCAUUACUCCGCCGCCUGUUGAAUCGGCCACGAUUGCCACCCACAAUGACAAUCCCGUUUCGGCCAACACAAACAACAACCAAGAAGCGGCCAGCAUCACAGCUCCUACUGAGGAUGAGAAAGAUUCUCACCCUGACGUUACCGACAAUGAAGUCGCACCCAUUCACCGACAGCCCACUGAGGCCAAGGACCUUUCAACUGCGGACGAGCCCACCCAGGAGCUCGAUAUCGAAACAGAGUCCCGCGUGCAAGAUGUGGUCUCAGACUAG